CUUCUCGAUGCCCACCAUGUGUGGGGGAUUGAUAGAAAGGUAUGUGGCUGCCAUGAUCCUAAGUGCAACUGGUGAUGCCUUGGGGUACUACAAUGGAAAGUGGGAGUUCCUCAGGAGUGGGGAGAAGAUCCACCAGCAGCUGGCCCAGCUUGGUGGCUUGGAUGCCAUAGAUGUGGAGAAGUGGAGAGUCAGUGAUGACACAGUGAUGCAUCUGGCCACAGCGGAAGCCCUCAUAGAAGCUGGGGAAGCCAAGGACUUGACCAAUCUCUUUUCCCUCCUUGCCCAGCAUUACCAAGACUGCAUGGAAGACAUGGACGGCCGGGCACCAGGUGGUGCCUCAGUGCAAAAUGCCAUGCAGCUGAAGCCACACAGCCCCGAUGGCUGGAGGAUUCCCUUCAACAAAUAUGAGGGUGGCUGCGGGGCCGCUAUGCGGGCCAUGUGCAUCGGUCUCAGAUUCCCUCACCAGAGCCAGAUGGAUAUGCUGAUCAACGUGAGCAUCGAGAGUGGCCGUAUGACCCACCACCACCCCACAGGAUACCUGGGUGCCCUGGCAUCAGCUCUUUUCACAGCCUAUGCUGUGAAUGGCAAACCACCCCAGGAAUGGGGGAAAGGUCUGAUGGAGGUGCUACCAGAAGCCAAAAAGUACAUUGUCCAGUCAGGCUACUUUGUGGAGGAGAAUCUUCAACAUUGGUCCUACUUCCAUGACCAGUGGGAAAAAUAUCUAAAACUUAGAGGAAUUUGGGAUGGCAAGUCAGCCCCUACCUUCCCAAAGCCCUUCGAUGUGAAAGAGAGAGAUCAGUUCUACACCUCUGUGAGCUACUCUGGCUGGGGCGGCAGCAGUGGGCACGAUGCCCCCAUGAUUGCCUAUGAUGCCAUCCUUGCAGCAGGAGACUCGUGGAAGGAGCUUGCGCACCGGGCCUUUUUCCAUGGUGGAGACAGUGAUUCCACGGCUGCCAUCGCCGGCUGCUGGUGGGGGAUUAUGUAUGGUUUCAAAGGAGUGAGUCCUUCCAACUAUGAGAAUCUAGAAUACAGGAAACGCCUGGAGGAAACCGCAAGGGCUUUGUAUUCUCUUGGCUCAAAAGAAGACACUGUGACUGCGCUGUAGGGACACGUCAUGU